UCUCGGGCCUUGCCCUCGCCUGGCGUAAGCGCGUCUCCGCAAGAUGGCGGCGGCCGGAGCGGGCCGUCUCAGGCGGGCUGCGUCGGACUUCCUAUUGCGGAGCCGGCGCCUGCCCACCCGGGAACUCUCCGCCCCCGCCCGACUCUAUCACAAGAAGGUUGUUGAUCAUUAUGAAAAUCCUAGGAAUGUGGGGUCCCUUGACAAGACAUCUAAAAAUGUUGGCACUGGAUUAGUGGGGGCUCCAGCUUGUGGUGAUGUAAUGAAAUUACAGAUUCAAGUGGAUGAAAAGGGGAAGAUUGUGGAUGCCAGGUUUAAAACAUUUGGCUGUGGUUCUGCAAUUGCCUCCAGCUCGUUAGCCACUGAAUGGGUAAAAGGGAAAACGGUUGAAGAAGCCUUGACCAUCAAAAACACAGAUAUCGCCAAGGAGCUCUGCCUUCCUCCUGUGAAACUGCACUGCUCUAUGCUGGCUGAAGAUGCGAUCAAGGCUGCCCUGGCUGAUUACAAACUGAAACAAGAACCCAAGAAAGGAGAGACAGAAAAGCAGUGAGCCCUGGCAGAGCCUCCACAGGUCACAUCAGCUGUUUCCUCACCCGCUAUGCAGUCACCUUAGAUGUCCAGACACAACCCGCACCACAAUGAAAGAGCUGCGAGAUAACGCACAGUAUUUCCUAUUGGCGUUAUGGCUAUAGUGCAGGUGAAAUACACAAUUUACUUGUUUUGAAUCCUGUGGUUUCUUUCAGUCCACUUUUAUUGCCUUAAUCCAGUUAAUGUAUAUUUUGAAUUGUGUGUAUGGCCUCAAAACUGAAAUCAGUAACAAAGUCUCAAGUGCUUGAUAGCCUUUGAUGUGAAGUGCACAUCAAAUUAAUUUUACCUAAAUCUUUCAGGGGGAGUGUACCAAUAGAAUGCCUUGGUAUGAUUAUUUGAUAGAACCUAAUUAUUGUACAUAAAAUGGAUCUGCAUAUAUAUAAUAUAAUGAAUAAAAGAAUGUAAGACAAUGUU